UAGGUCAGUGGAUAACGUUACUGUUUAGCGCAUCCAGGAUUUCGAGUUUCGACACACGUGUCUUGUAUCAACUUCAUUGAUUUGGGUCCUAAAAAUCGCACAAAUAUGAGCAAAAAUAAGAGAAAACGGCGAUUGAAGGAGGAGGAUUUUAAGAAGAAGAAGCUUAAAGUGGGAAAGAAACUGCCAAUGCCGGAUAAUGUGACCAGAACGAGUUUUAAGGCGAAAAACAUCAACAUUUCUCAACAGAAUCUCAACAAUGAUGGUGUACAGAGUGACACUAAUUUCAAAGGACAAAAGCUAAAAGAUCUGCUCAACUUGUGUUCUCAUUACAACACCCAAGCCAGGGAGGAUGCUUUGCUUGGCCUCAAGGACCUAUUUCAGAAACACCCUGGGAUCUUGAAAAGCAAUCUAAAUGCUGUGUUACAACGGAUUCUAAGCUUGACGACAGACAUUGAGAGUUCAGUCCGAAAAUCAUUUUUAGCAAUAAUCUCACUGGUCUUCAAGACACUGUCUGAGACGGAAAUUUUGCCAUUUUUCUCAAAUGUCAUGGCCUACCUUUGUUCCGCAAUGACGCAUCUUAACGAGAGCAUCCGCUUGGACUCACUGAAAUUCCUUGACCUUUGCCUCGAACAUUUUCCACAGUUGGUCAAAGCAAAUCCAAAGAAUAUAAUAAUGAAUUUUAUUAAUGUAAUAUCAGUGGAGAAGUCUAGUGUGGCAAAAAAAAGUUCAAUUCCUGUGAAGAUUGAGCUCAAGGCCAAGGUUACAUCACAAAAAGCACAAUUGGAAGUGCUAAGUAGAUUAAACCAUCUACUUUGUAUAAUUUUUGGCAAUCCUACAAAGGCAAGCAAUGGUGAUUGCAUCCAAAGCACAAACAACCAAGGUAGCGAAAAACUUGAUGACAUUAACCUUGGCAUUGCUAAGGACACAAGUCAAGUCACUCUUAGUAAUGUAAACCCAGUUCUCAUCUCAAAUUUUUCAAUGAAGAAAACCUCAUCCAAUUUUCAAUCUUGGACAAUGGAUGAGAAAUGGUUGACAGAGCUUAUUUCCUGUCUCUCACCAGUUUUGUUCGAAUACUGGGUGGAAUGUUGUCCAGCAGAGUUUACCAUGAAUUUGAUUCCAGUAACAAGGUCCUCUGUCCCUCUGAAAAUAAUGAAAGAAGUCCUGGAAAUCUUUGUAACAUUUGUUGAAAGUUUGAAGAGUAUCUUGGAUCAAAGUCGAUUCCAUGAGUUUUUGGGUAGUGAUUUGUUUUCGCACUUUAACAGCCACUUUAUGAAGGUGUUCCCACUUAGCUUUACCCUGCAGCAAUCUGGCAGAAAAUCAAAGGUUGACUUUGGCAAAAGCAUAACAGAUGUUGAGCUCAAUAUUCUAAUUGCUCGCUUGUUGUCCUUUCACAUUCCUCAGAUUAAAUUGGAUGUAAAGAGUCUUCCCAAAUGGGCCUCAGCAGUCCUUGCCUAUCUCUAUGAGAUACUGGCUUCAAAGUCAGUCACAAAGCAGCAGUCCAAAUUAUCAGCAAGCGAUAUCAAAUCACUUUCUGAGCUUGCCCAAAUGUUCUUGCUGAAUUUGCCGGAACGUUUUGAGAAUGAAAAAGUCUGUCUACUUGAGAGCAUGUUUCAAUUGUACGAGAGUUGCCGUGUGUCAUCAAGUGCCAAAAUGCUCUUGUUGGAAUUCCUAGCAGAGGUCAUGGCUGGGACAAGAAACCAAACAGAAUCUAUGAAAGCCAUACUCGAUGAAUGGCUAAAGUCGUUACUAAAAAUUGUGAAUAUGGAAAUUAGUGAAGAUAUGAAGUACAUACUAUUUUCUGUUUGCAAAACUGGAAUCUUACAAGGAUUUCCACAUCUCACAAAUGCUAUGGUUGAAGCAUCUCCUGUAAUUUUUAAUGUUGAGAACUUCUCAAAGUUGACUGCCCAAGUUCAAAAGCUUGUUAUUGAGAUUUUAUAUCAUAUUGGAACAAUUCCAUCUCAAGAACUAUUUAAAACUCUGGCCAGGUUAUGUGCAUCCAACUGCAUGUCAUUACAAGUUUUCAAGUAUCUCUUGUUUGUUGUACAUCAAUUGGUUCAUUCAACACAAAAUGACUCUUUGGUAUCAGAUCUAAGCGACUAUCUAAGCUUUAUAUUGUCAAUUGCAAUUGGUCAUACUCAAGAAAAGCUUGAGCAUAUUCAAUCACUUGGAAAAGGACAGCCUAAUUGCUAUAAUUAUAAAGAAAUCAACGGGUCGUAUACAGUUAUUGCUCAGUUUGAAGGAGAGGAUGGUAGUCCUCAAGUUACACAGGAAAGAUGGAAACAUGUUACGAUUGUGAUUGAACUUAUUUGGAAAUUUGUAGCUCAGUCUGAUUACUCUACGAAAUUCCUCAAUGUGCUUGAAUCUCCACUAUGUAUGCUGUUUCAGAAGUAUCAGACUUUGCCUUUAGAAGUGGUUUAUCGUCUACUUUAUCUCGUCAAGAUCCUUGUGCGUUUGUCAGAAGGAGAAACAGAUUGUAACAAACUUUUAACAUUCAUUUCAACAUGGUGUGCAGUAUUAUGGCAUUUUUCCCUGAACAUUUUGAAUGAGUUUGGAACGGUGCCAUUCAUUCACGAUGUAACUAACUCCCUAAAAACUGUAACUAUUGAGCUAUGUAAGUCUGAAAGCAUCCUCAAGCAGAUGCUAGGUUUGUUUAUUCCAUCUACAAUGCCUGGUCAUAAUCCUCAGUUGGCUUCUCAGGUCCUAACAGAUGUACUUAAAGAAGCCAGGGGGAACUUGAUGGAAGUACACAUGUCCACGCUUGAAGAUUUAUAUAAAAACCUUGAGGGGGCAUUGACGAUAGAUCAGCUGAACAGUCAAGUGUUCGCAGACUUCAAGUAUCAAUAUCAAAUUUCUACAAGAUGUUUUAUGGUAUGUGAUUAAAUGUGUGCUAAACACCAAUUGUGUUAUGCAUUUUAAGUCAUACAUAGUGUUGGUAUUGAAAUAAUUUGACCUGAUGAGUAUUUAGCAAAUGAAAACCCAUCGACAGUAUGUAAAUUUAACAGGUCCUGGAUAAAUAAAAUAGUUUGUUUAAAGAAAAUGUUCAACUUAUUGAUUAUUGGUUACUGAGUAUUGUCAAGUUACAAUAAAAAACAUGAAAAGCAAGCUAAACAUAUUCUGUAUUUGUUAUCUUAUUUCUGCCUUU